UGAAACUCGUGACGCAUUACGUCGAUCCGCCUAGUGCUGUGGUUGGAUCUUUGGAACAGCCAAGUGGUCGCUUCUUCAGCUGCAUUUCCCUUUCUGUGUUGUAAAAGCCUUCAGUGUGAGCGUACUUACCUCGCAUCACCAUAGUUAGUGAGCUAGAAAGCGACUUGACUCUGCAAAGAAGGGAAAUGGAGAACGGUUUGUCAACAACGUGUAACACCAAGCUGGACCAGGCUGUCAAGCAGUGGCUGCAGUAUGACAAGAACCCCAAGACCGUGUCAAUGGUGCAGGAACUGGUGAAAGAAGGAGCGGUGGAGGCUCUGAAGAAAUGUUUCUCAUCCAGGAUGGAGUUUGGUACAGCAGGUCUGAGAGCAGCCAUGGGCCCGGGCACAUCCUGUAUGAAUGACCUCACUAUCAUCCAGACCACACAGGGUUUCUGUCACUACCUGGAGGAAAGUUUUGAUAACUUUAAGGAGCGGGGGGUGGUGAUUGGGUAUGACGCCCGGGCCCACCCUCCCAGCGGGGGCAGCAGCAAGCGUUUCGCCAGCCUGGCUGCAGCUGUGUUCAUCAGCCGAGGGGUGCCAGUCCACCUCUUCUCUGACAUCACCCCUACACCCUUUGUGCCUUUCACAGUUUUGCACCUGGGUCUGUGUGCUGGUAUCAUGGUGACCGCCUCUCACAACCCCAAACAAGACAAUGGCUACAAGGUGUACUGGGAGAACGGAGCCCAGAUUGUGUCUCCUCAUGACAAAGGGAUCUCCCAGUCCAUAGAGGAGAACCUGGAGCCCUGGCCUGAGUCCUGGAGCACAGAGGAGGCCCUGAAGAGCCCCUUACUCAAAGAUCCCUACCAGGACAUCCACACACAAUACUUCAAAGCCAUCCAGAAACACUGUCAUCACAGGGAUAUAAACAAGAGUUCAAAGGUGAAAAUUGUGCAUACGUCUGUGCAUGGCGUUGGCCACACAUUUGUCCAGUCAGCCUUCAAGGCCUUUGACCUUCACCCUCCAUAUGCUGUAGAGGAACAGAAAGAUCCAGACCCUGAAUUCCCCACGGUCAAAUAUCCCAAUCCUGAGGAAGGCGAGGGAGUCCUGACACUGUCUUUUGCACUGGCAGAGAGGGAGGGGGCCACUGUUGUGUUGGCCAAUGACCCUGAUGCUGAUCGACUGGCCGUCGCUGAGAAGCAGGAGAGUGGACAGUGGCGAGUGUUUAGUGGAAAUGAGUUGGGAGCGUUGCUCGGCUGGUGGAUGUUCCGCUGCUGGGAAAAGCUAAACUCUGACGCUGCUGCUGUGAAAAACGUCUACAUGCUGUCGAGCACCGUCUCAUCCAAGAUACUGCGUGGCAUCGCUCUCAAGGAAGGCUUCCACUUUGAGGAAACACUAACAGGGUUCAAGUGGAUGGGAAACAGAGCCAGAGACCUUUUGGACCAGGGCAAGACUGUUCUGUUUGCCUUUGAGGAGGCCAUAGGGUAUAUGUGUAGUUCCUCUGUAUUGGACAAAGAUGGAGUGAGUGCUGCAGCCAUAGCAGGAGAGAUGAUUUCCUAUCUGGCCACGAAAAGCUCAAGCCUUUCUCAACAACUCACUGCCAUCUAUGAAGAGUACGGCUACCACAUCAGUAAGAACUCCUAUUUCAUCUGCCACGACCAGGAUGUGAUCCACAGCUUGUUCGACCGUCUGCGCAACUACAGUGGCCAGAAGGACUCGUAUCCCACUGAGUGUGGUCGCUUCUCCAUCUCUGCUGUACGAGACUUGACCACCGGCUACGACAGCAACCAGCCCAGUAACAAGGCUGUUCUUCCCACCUCCAGGUCCAGUCAGAUGAUCACCUUUACCUUCUCCAACGGGGGUGUGGCCACCAUGAGGACCAGUGGCACUGAGCCAAAAAUCAAAUACUAUACUGAACUCUGUGCUGCUCCUGGUAACAGUAAUGUGACGCACCUGAAGAAGGAGCUGGAUGACUUGGUUGAUGCCAUUGUUGACAACUUCUUCGAGCCAGAGAAGAAUAAGCUGCAGCCCAAGCCGGAGUAGCACUGAUAGACAUACAUUCACAUACAGGACCAGUUAGUAAUAUCUCUGACCAGCAUUUUACAUGAUGUCUUAAUUACUCCAGAAGGGAUUCUUAAUUUAACAAUCAACUUACUGAUCAUUUUAUCAAUGUGUUUUCUGCUCCACUUUGAGAUUGUUUAGCCAUGCAUCUGUUUUUCGGUGUGUAGGUAUGGAUCCAGAGCCAGUUUUACAUCAUGCAGUUACAGCUACAUGUGUUUAGAUUAGGUUUACCUCAGUGCUGGCUUUAAACCACUGUAAAACAAAACAAAACAAAAAACAGUCAUUUCCUGCUGUUUCACUGUGGUGUUUAGAUGCACGCAUUGCUGUAUAUCCACUUUGUAUUUACCAAUUAUGUAUCCGCUCUGCUUUAGCAUUAACUGCAAGGCUGCUACAUGAAGUUCCAGAAAUGUAUGAGUGUGAAUGAGAACUGCUGAAACUGAUAUUGAUCUAAAUUGUGAAUUGAAUGUGUAAUAUCUUAGAUAAUAGUAAGGUAUGACAUUGAAAGUAACAGUUGAAUAUAUUUUUUUGAAUAUCAUUUUAAAAGCUGUCAUUCCAGAGUUGCUAAUUUGUAAAAUGACCAAGUCUAAAAGCUCAGAGCACCACCAAGUGGUAUUGGAGUAUAUACAUUCAUUUUUCAAAUGCACCCACUGCUUACUUGAUAUGAAUAGUUAACAGGGACUGUUGACACCACAACGUUAAAUCUACAACCAAAAGAUCCUUUUAGUGAUGUUGACUCUAGGAAUGUGUAAUUAGCAGCUCAUCUUUCCUUAUGUGCCUCGGAUUCCAAAAUGCUGUGCUGAAAAUACAAUUUAACUCAAUAAAAAGCGGUUUCUAAAUGUG